ACGGCGUUGUUUUGUCCCAUGUGAGGACUGGCUUCCAGGUGGAUGAUGUGUUCUCGUACUCCACGGUCUGCAGCCUGUUACACUGUGCUCCAUCCACGCUCUUGGCGCGCAAUCGGUGCUGGUCACAAAUGAACUCUGGUGACGAAACACGCGCCGUAAGGUUCGCGUGUGAGACCAUCACCAGUGGAUUCCGGGGCCACUGUGGUUUCCCGGCCCCGUCUAUCCCCAAGAUCCGGCUUCCUCUCCUCGUCCAUGCCAUUAUUGCCAUGGCCCAGGAUCGUCUUCCCCCGCAACCCGUUUCCUCUCCUCUGGUUCUUGCUCACCACCAUCUCGUUGACCAUCAUUUUCGCCCACCCUCGCACGAACCAUCGCUUCACCAACCAAGUUAACUAUACUCCUAACAUAAGUAGCAACUUGAACUCCAAGCCCAGCAUGGACACCCUCACCCUCACUCGCGGCCUGCACGUCGCCCAGCAAGAGCACUUUGUGCACGACGUGCCGGGCACCUACCCGCGCCUCUGCCGCCUCGUCGACGGCUCCAUCCUCGCAGGCUUCACCACCUUUGCGCCCGACGGCCAGACGCGCGUGCUCGCGGUCGCCCGCAGCGUCGACGACGCCAGGACCUUCGAGCCCCACGGCGAGGUCGCCCGCUCCCCAGGCGACUGCGACAAUCUCUUCCUCCUGCAACUCCCUCCUCCUCCUCCUCCCUCCUUCCUAGAGAACGGCGAAAUUGCUGAGACCGAGACCGAUCCGCCCGUACCCGUGGUCCUCGCCGCCUUCCGAAACCACGACCUCGACGACCAAGGAAACCCGACCUGGUUUCGAAUUACUGUGUGCCAGUCCCGCGACGGCGGUCGCUCCUGGUCUUUUCUCUCGCAAGCCUUUGAGAAACCCGCCCCCUUUGGUCUGUGGGAGCCGUUCCUCCGCCUGGGCCGCCGCGGUGGCGUCGAGGAAGUGCAGCUGUACUUUUCGCAGGAGAUGGACACGGACGACCAAGACACCAUGGUCGUCCGCAGCACUGACGGCGGGAGGACGUGGUCGAGCCCAUCGUGCGUGACGGGCAGAGGGGAGAGGUUGAGGGAUGGCAUGGUCGGGGUGGCGGAGACGGAGAUUGCGGUUCGGGCCAGAACGCUGGUCAUGGUGUUGGAGACGACGCGGCGGGGCCCGGGAACGUACUCGAUUGAGGCGAUUCUGUCGUUUGACGGCGGGGAGAACUUUGUGCAGCGGCAGGUGGUGUAUGAGCCGGCAACGGGAAGGAACGCCGGGGCGCCGCAGAUCGCUGCGUUGAAUGACGGGUUGACCGUGGCGAUUGUGUUUAUGACUGAUGAGGAUAUGGAGGAGGGCGAGGCCACGGCGUGGCCGCAGGGUGCGAAGAUCAAGGCCAUGUAUGGAUCGCUGCGGAAGGAUGGGCUUCUCGUCCUCGGCGCGCCCGUGGUCGUUGGGGAGAGCGCGAGCUCGUGGCCCGGGAUUAUGGCCUUAUCUGGCAACUCGGCCCUGGCGGUGUUCGAGUCAUCGAGGAGCAUCAGGGGUCGUCUGCUGAUGAGUCCGGGCAAUCAUGCCAACUGAAGGGGGCUAUCAAGUUGCAAGAAGGGCAGACACGACUGACGAGGCUGAGCAGAUCCACAAGACUUUGAGGUCAUGGCAACAGGGACACCUUGCUGGACUUGUUGAUGUUGAUUCUGCAAGAAGCGAUAGGCAUC